CUGGUUUCGUUUAGAAGAAACGUUGUCAGACAGUAGUCUUAUAAUAUUAUUGUAUCAAGUAAUCAAGUAUUGUGGAAUAUUAAAAAUCAUAUUGUUUUUCAGUCAGUUAUUUAACUCGGCAUCGAUUGUUUGAAUGUUUCAUUUUAUGUAUUUGGGUGGGGUCACUGAUGUUGUGCGUGAGUGACUGCAUUUUGUAAACAUAGACUAGAGACAUUUAAGUUUUCGUUUUAUGGCAUGCGCUGACGGCUGUGAAGUGUUUGGCAGUUGAUGUUGUAAACUAUGGAUCAUCAAACAAUAGGAUUUGAUCUUGUAAAUGACAAUGGCAAUGCAGCCUCUGUCGCCCCUGCUCCACCUGCAGGCAAUCUUUACCCAUCCAUGCCUGCAGGAACCACAGCCAAAGCUCCGCCCAUCGGCUUUGAAAUGCACGGUCACCCACAUGACAAUGAGCCGACAGAAGUGGUCACAGAGAAAGUCCCUGGCGGACCUCAAACGAGUCGGAAUGAAGAGUUCACGAUGUUCUUCAAAGAUGGCGCUCGACGAAUCGACUUUGUCUUGGCCUAUGAAAUGGGAACCACAGCGGAACAGGAAAACCGAGUUAAAAAGCGGGCAUACUUUCUAGACAUGAUUAAGAAAGAAGGAUUGCACUUGGAACAUGAGAAACCAGAGGACUCUAAGAGUGGGAAGGUGGCCUUUAUAAAGUGCCACGCCCCCUGGGAGGUUCUGGCCAAGGGGGCGGAGCUAAUGAACAUGAAGAUGCCCUUAGCGCCCAAUGACAUGCCAACCCAAACAAGUAUCUUCCAAUGCUGCCCGACCCCUUUUGACCUCGAUAAGGAACUGAUAGAGGAAGAUGACAACUAUUUCACAGCCCCUUUCAACAGGAGCCGCAUGGACCAGUUUUUUGGUUCACCAAAUCGGCAUGAUUGGUUUGUCAUUCACGACAAAGAAAAAUUCUUCUCAAACGCUCAGCGUAGCCGUAUCGUGUACGCCAUCUUGUCUCGAGCGUAUUAUGAGGAUGAAGAUCAGGAUAACUCGGGAAAAAGACGAUUUGGAAUCAAGAAGCUGCUUGCCAACGGAACAUUUAGUGCAGCGUAUCCUCUUCAUGAUGGUAAAUACACCAGUGAGCACUCACUGCUGACAAGGGGAAAGGAAAAUGAAAGACAUCUCCUAUAUGAACUGUGGGCAAAGCCAGGUAGAUGGUACAAAUUUCAGCCAUUGGACAAAAUCAGGAAGUACUUUGGAGAGAAGAUAGGUUUAUACUUCACCUGGCUGGGGUACUACACUACCAUGUUGGUGCCUGCUGCCAUUGCAGGUCUCAUUGCUUUCAUAUAUGGCCUUGUUACCAUGGGAGAUGACCAAGUCACGAAUGACCUGUGCUCAGUGCAGAUAGCGGGUAACAUCACGAUGUGUCCACUGUGUGACAACCGCUGCUCGUACUGGCGACUCAAGGAGAGCUGUGGCUUCUCCAGGGCCACAUACCUCUUUGAUAAUCCUGCAACUGUGGCGUUUGCUUGUGUCAUGGCUUUAUGGGCAUCCUUUUUCCACGAGUUUUGGAAGCGAAAGCAGGCAGAGCUAGAGUAUGACUGGGAUAUCGCUGAUUUUGAAGACGAGGAGAUCGCUAAUACAGAAACAGUCAGACCAGAAUUUGAAAAUGCUGUCAUGAGAAAGCGAGAAAACCCCAUAAAUAAGAAAUUAGAGCCUUAUGUGCCGAACUGGAGCAAAUGUUUCCGCUACUCAACAACCAUUGUUGUGUUGCUGUUCUUUUUUGCGCUGGUGAUUAUCGCUAUACUUGGCGUUAUCAUCUACCGGAUUGUGAUAGCGGCAGUCUUGUCAGCAAUUGACCAGGACAUGGUGAAAGGACGUGCUGGACUCAUAGCCUCCGUCACUUCAGCCUGCAUUAAUCUUAUCAUCAUCGUGUUCUUAAACUUUGUUUAUCAAAAAAUUGCCGAGGGUCUCACUGAACUAGAACAACACCGCACAGAGACUGAGUGGGAGGAUGCCUUCACCUUCAAAAUGUAUCUCUUCCAAUUUGUCAACUACUACUCUUCCAUCGUGUAUAUUGCUUUCUUCAAGGGCAAGUUUGUUGGCAGACCAGGCAACUAUAACCGUAACUUCUUUGGUUACAGACAGGAGGAGUGUGACCCGGCUGGCUGUCUCAUAGAGCUCUGUAUUCAGCUGGGUAUCAUCAUGGUGGGCAAACAGGCCUUUGCAAACUUCAAAGAAGUAGUUCUGCCGAAGGUGAUGGUGUGGUGCAAGUCCCGCAAGGUUCUAGAUGACAAGGACAACAAGGUCUACACACACUGGGAGCAGGACUACAACCUGGCUGACCAGCCCAAACUGGGCCUGUUUGAUGAGUACCUUGAGAUGGUGAUCCAGUACGGGUUUGUGACCAUAUUUGUGGCAGCCUUCCCUCUGGCCCCAUUCUUUGCCCUACUCAACAACAUCAUUGAGAUACGCCUGGACGCGUACAAGUUUGUAACACAGUGGAAGCGUCCCCUGGCCCUUCGGUCACAGGAUAUUGGAAUCUGGUUUGGCAUUUUGCAAGGAAUCUCAGCCCUUGCUGUUGUCUCCAACGCAGCAAUCAUUGCCUUCACAUCAGAGUUCAUCCCACGUAUGGUGUACAAGUAUGUCUACAGCUCGGACCAGACGAUGACGGGCUACUAUGAGACCUUUCGAAUGUCAGUUUUCGACAUUGCAGACUUCCAAAAGGACUCGAUGCCUGAAGACCCGAAAUUCAAAGAGUUUGGGAAUGUUACUACAUGCAUGUACCGUGGCUACAAUGAGCCCCCCUCUGCCCCAGUGCCCUACACCUACAAGAUGGCCUUCUGGCACGUACUGGCUGCUCAGCUUGCGUUUAUUGUCGUGUUUGAGAACCUGAUAGUGUUCCUGACGUGGCUUGUGAUGUACCUGGUCCCAGACAUGCCUUACAAUGUUAAGAUGCAGAUGUUAAGAGAGAAGUACCUUAGCAAGCAGGCACUGUUCCACGCAGAGGAACUCAAAGAACAAACCAGGCCCAAGGCGGAAUAAUUGAGGAAAGACAAUAAGUCAUGUAGAGAAAUGUACCAGAUCCAUAGUCGAAAAAAUAUAGUGAAGGCUGGAAAGUAAAUAUGUAUUUAUGAGUGAAUAAACAGAGAUAUUUAAGUGAAUAAAGUAUGUAUACAGAAAGAAAUAGAGUAUGUAUACACAACGCAAAAUUAACAUGAACAAAUCAAGUGAACAUACUAAAAUAAAAACGUACUGAAGAGGUUUAAUAGUAAAUAUUUAAGUCAAGUAGAGGUUAACUGCAGAGUCUAAAUACAGACACCUUAUGCACAUGCAUUAAGCUGGUCUUCAUAAAGAUCCACUCAUAUCUGAGUACAAAAACAAUUUGUUAAACAUUAUACAAAAUAAACACUGAGACUGUUCUGGUUAUGUUAAACAAAUAUUAUUCUAGUAAGAAAUCCACAGCGUUUCUUUCUGUCCAAGAAUUUGAAUGACAUUUUCACAUGGAAAUAAUUCUUUGUUUUAUUAAAUUGUUCACUUGAAUUAAAGUUCGUUUUGCAAUAAUUCUACCCAUCACGACCUUAUUUCUAUUAUUGUUUAUAGUUGUUAUCCAUUAUUAAAUAUGAUGUUCUUAAUAAGCAUAUUUUAAAAGAAUAUGUUCAUGUAUUUUUAUUUUCAGUUUUUACUUGUUUUAUGGCAUAUGUAAUUAAAAUUACAUUGUCUUAGUUUCAGGAUUGUGUCUUGACAUGGUUUAACUGUUGUUAAGUUUGUAGCUAAAUUCACAUUUGUUUCAUUGUUUUUUAUUAGCAUAUUCAAUCUAAAUUAUAUUGUUUGUCUUUAGAGUUUAAGGGUUGUGUCUUUUGACAUGGUUAAAGUGUUGUUAAAUUGGUAGCUAAAGUUACGUUUGUUGUGUAGCUUUUUAGCAUUUUCAAUAUAAAUUUUAUUGUUUUUUUAAGUUUCAGGGAUAUGUCUUUAAACGUGGUUAAAAUGGUACAUUGGUGUUGCGCAAUUCACAUCUUAUCAGAGUUUGUACCCAGAUCUAAAAGAGCCCAGAGGGGAUAAUCACAUGAUGAAGGCUUUUUUUUAAAUGCUGCUCACUCUCCAGCGAUAAUGUCACUCCAGAAGGAUCACAAAAUUGCAGCUCAAGCUAAGAAAAUUUGUAGCGAGUAAAGUCAUGAUGGAAAGCCAAUCUAAAUAACAAAUAAAAGCUAGUCACUUUCUUACUAAUACAUGUAUGGCUGGAAAUUGUGUGUCAUUAACAAAUAUAUCAUAAGUAAAUUAACAAAAGUAUUAAAGUGUAUAAAACAGCUAAAAAUAUAUGUUUCAGUAUGGAUGUUGCCAUCUUGAUUGUCACUUGAUUAUCCCCUCUGACAGUCAUUCAUUUUUAAAACUUACUCUUAACUUACUCUUUAAAAAAGCAUUCUUAUCAAGAUUUUACAAUAUGCUCGUCAUGUUGAGAAUUGAAGGAAGUUAAAAGAACAUCCACCAACUGGAUUGCAUAAUUAAAAUAUGAACAAAACUGUAUUUGAUCAAAUUUUGUAUUUUAGACAAACUGUUUAGUAGCUUAACUUGUGGUUGGAAUGUUUGCUAAAGUACAGUCCACUUCUUUAUUCUAUUAUCAAAGUGAUUUGUAUGGAAUCCAGUUGUGAAGUGUUUUUUUACAUUUUAAAAGUGGAAUGUUUUGAAUGUGAUUAUAUCGAACAUUAAAUGUUUACGAUAAACUGACAAAAGCAUAUGAUUAAGAUUUUACUGGUUCAUUCUGAAGCAAAUAAAGUGCAGCUUACUGUUGACAAUGAUCCUCUACGCAAUUUUAUGCAUUAAUUAUAAAUAAGAGUCUGCAUUUUUUAAUGGAAUUAACGUUUUUCUUUUUAAGCAUGCAUAACUCAUUUUUCACAGUUUGAUGUUUUAAGUUUGCCUAAGUUUUACAAUCUGCCCUCACUGAGUAUAUAUGAGCCUCAUUCUGGGUAUACCAGUUUUAAUUCAUGUGCCUAAAAUUAUGUCCUAGAUUAGCCUGUGAUUUCUUUACAUGCUUAUCAGGGACGACACUGUCCGCUUUUUUGGUUAAAAAAAGUCUAUUUGUAACAAAAAUCCAGUCUAGACAGAAACUAUCCUGACUGAUUAGCCAGUGUAUAUUGCAGAGGCUAAACUGGAAUGGCACAUGCAUUAACCCUUUCAGUGCGGGAACUGAAUUUUGAAGGCCUUUGCAAACAGUUUGGAUCCAGAUGAGACACCACAACGUGGCGUCUCAUCAGGAUCCAAACUGUUUGCUAUUCUGAUAGUAUUCUUUGAAAAAAAUCGAAGAAAAUGCUUAUUAUAGAAAUUCAGCAGACGACAUUUUAGCAGACGACAAAUUUCCCAGCAUGCAAAGGGUUAAGCUCAGUUUUCCAGAACGUGGCUCAUAUAUGCGGACUUAGUUUUGUGUCUCAUGAAAAACAAAGUUAGCAUACGACCUCAUUAAAUACUGGGUACACAUAUUUCAUCAUUGUCUAUGUUGUUGUAAAAUAUUGGAAUUUGAAUAAUUAAUAUGCAUAUAUGUUUAUGUUUAUGUUUUAGAAAUUUUUAUACAUGUAAUGGUUAUGACUUCCAUCUUAUUUUCCAUCUUACUUUAUGUUAAUUCAUUUAAUUAUAAACGUUUUUUUAUAUAUUAAUUAACAUUUCACAUGAAAGUUUCACCCAUGCAAAGCAGUUUACAGAGUUUUGCUUCAUUUGUUUAGGGCUGUAUGAAAAUUCGUUGUGAUUGCUAUAAUUUAUUUGUUGUUCAUCUUGUUUUUAAUAUUGGUUGUUCUUUUUUAAUCUUCUGUUCUUUGUUCAGGAAAAUGUUAAUAUAGUUUUGUUUUAGUAUUGCUAUGUUUAUGUAUUUUUCUUUGAUAUACAUUAUUUAUUGAAUUUAUACACAUUUGUGUUACAUUAAAUGACAAAAUUUGAUUUUUUUGUUAAAUUUUUUUAUUUAUCUGAAUGUACUGAUUGGUUGCUUUUCUUUCUAUAAAAUGUUCAUUCUGAACAAUUUUACCCAAAACAAGUGUUGUACAUGUAUGUCAUUUUGAACAAGAAGCCGCUUAUCUGCUACUUUUCUGAAUGUUUUUAAUUAAAUGCGAUUAUUAUUAUCAUUAUUGUGUAUUUUAUAUACACAGAGCAUGCAACUGUUAAAUUAUUGUCAGAAUGACUUUCUUUCCAAUUGAUUAUUGAUUUGAAAAUAGAAACUGUUAUUUCAUGGCAUGUAUAUAUUUUAGAAUUAUCAAAGUCAUUCAAAUAUUUUGUUCAAGACAAACUGCAUGCCCAUAGUUUUAUCGGUUUAUAAUACUGAUAUUUUCCUGUUAAUUUGUAUAUUUGCUACUUAUUUUAAAAACCAACUAUAGAGCUAAAAUGUAGGGAAAUACAAUACAAAAUUUCAAGCUUAACAUAUUUUAUGUAAUUGGAAUAAAUCCGGCAUUAAUACAAUUGUAAUCAGUACGCAUUAGUACUCAGGGUUAGGUGUAAAUAAGAGGCCUUUUAGAAAAUGUCUUAAUAUAAAAUGUUGUUUGUUUUUGUAUAAAACAUGUAUAUAUGAUAGCAUUCAGACAAGCACAUGGUUCAUAAUGCUGCUCAAACAUUUUUUUUCAAAAACGUUUGAGUUCUGACCAUUUAUUUUAAAAACUGUUGUUAUGUAUCUAUUAUAUCAAAUGGCCUUAGAUCUGCAAACAUAGUAUUCAUUGAAAGCUUACCCAACAAGCAAACCAUUAAUAGAAGAUUGAACCAUCAUUCUUUUUCAGUUAUAGUAUUUUCAUAUUUAUGACGAUACCAUUGUUUUGCUAUUUAGUUAAAAUUAUUAUAUUGUGUUGUUUCUGUUGACAAUUUGCUUCCCUGAUUGACACAUUUCUAUUGUGUGUAAUUAAUACUAGUUAUAAUUAUGGUUAGUCGAACCAAGUUGUGUUGCUUCUCUUUUCAUGUAGACCUUUUUGCUGCACUUUUUGUUUAUCAUCUCUAAUUUGUACAUACAGAAAUGCUUAGCCUAACCCAUACUUUAAGGGGUGUUGCUGCAGUUUUGCUGAUUUUUUUACCAUCAAAUAGAUUUUGUCAAAAAUUUAUAUUUAAGAUAUAUAUACAAAUACUAUAUGAAAAAUGAAAUAAAAACAUAGGGUCA